CUCAUUCGGAUAACACUCGCCCUUUUCCCUUAACUGCGGUGACGGAAAUGGCCGAGUAGUUACGAUUGGACCAAAGCUGUGAAUAUUUUUUUUUAGUUUCGAAAUGUGGUAAACUAUUUCUCUAUAUGUUAAGGAUGUAAACGAGUGAUCAAACACAACUUUCAUUAUGGAUAAAAUGUCGACAGAGAAUAAGGAUGAAGAUGAACUGAGCAUCCCCCGUGCAGCUCUGAACAAAAUGAUAAAGGAACUCAUACCAAACAUACGCGUGGCAAACGACGCCCGCGAACUUAUCCUUAACUGCUGCACUGAGUUUAUUCACUUAGUUUCUUCUGAGGCAAAUGAAAUCUGCAACAAGCAGAGCAAGAAAACAAUUUCCCCCGAACACAUCAUUGCAGCACUUGAUCACCUUGGGUUUGGGAAUUACAAAGAAGACGCUGAAGCAGUUUUGGAAGAGACAAAAGCUGUAGCUGCCAAGAAAAGACGAGGAAGUUCCCGCCUGGAAAAUCUUGGCAUUCCCGAGGAAGAGCUGCUCCGACAACAGCAGGAACUGUUUGCCAAGGCCAAACAAGAACAGGCUCUUCUAGAGCAGCAGCAAUGGCUCCAGACCCAGCAAGCUUUGCAGCAACAGCAGCUUCAGCUGCCACAGCAACCUGACAGCAACGAAGAUGACUACUCCUAGCAACACGCUAGCUACUGGUGGUGCUAGGGCUAGCAACAAGUGUGAGGGCAUACUAGAACAAUUCAAGGGGGGUCCUUGGUGUUUUUUAAUAAAUGAUGUUACUAAAUUAAAGUACAUUGUAUGUAUCCAAGAAAUGGAAUUUUAAGAACAAUUUUGUUGUCACUUAGUUUUCUUUUUCCAAAGAGUUUCACUCUCAAAAUGGUUUUUCUCAUUCUAUUGUUUGUUCUGCAAGUGAAAAAUUAGGCAUAUUAUGUAAUAAAAUUUAUUUGUGUUCAAGAUAAGACACGAAUGAAAUAAACAGUGAUAGAAAGAA